CGAGAAACUAAUCUUUUCUGAAAAAUCCGCCAUCUUGAAAAGAAAACACCACACCGGGCCGCCUCCUCCCAUUUUCCGAAAAAAUUAGGAGAAACAUUUUUUUUUACCUCACCUAACGCACUACAUGUAUUUGUAUGGCAUAAAACCGCGGCACGUUUACCCCUAGCUCAGUGCGGACAAAUCGUCGAGUGGGCCUAUAAUUUAGGCCUGUGACAAUCAAAAUGGCAUCGGAACCAGUUUGUGUCGAGGACUUCGAGUCAUACCUCGAGGCGAGAGUGUCGGACUGGCUCUGGUCGUUCUACAGAAGCGGAGCAGACCGUGAGCAGACGCUGCGAGACAACCCGCUGGCCUUUCAGAGGUAUCGUCUUCGACCGCGCUGUUUGAGGGACGUGUCUCAACGAGACAUCGGCACCUCUAUACUCGGUCAUCGCUUGUCAUUUCCCGUGGGUGUGUCUCCCACGGCCUGUCAUGGCUUUGUGCACGAGGAUGGAGAAGUUGCAACUGCAAAGGGGGUAUCCAAUGCUGGAUCUGCCAUGAUUCUGAGCAUGUGGUCCAACAAGAGUCUGGAGGACGUGGCUGCAUCUGUGAAACCUGACACGCCACUGUUGCUGCAGCUUAACCUCAUACGCGACGAAAGCGGCAGACUAGAGGCGGUGAUCAGACGGGCCGAGGCAGCAGGCUUCAAAGCUCUGGUGGUGACGGUAGACCAACCAGUUACGGGAAAAAGAAUUCACACUAGACGAAAGAAAAUAGAUUUUGACCCGACUGCGUACAGCUUUCCGCAGGUUCUACUGCCUGAAGAGAAAAUGACGGCAGAGAAAGCUGGAGAAUUACUUGACGGGACGCAGGUUCUGACGUGGAAGGACAUAUUGUGGCUUAAAGAAAUUACGUCACUUCCGGUCGUGCUGAAAGGUAUUCUCACAGCUGAAGAUGCAAAAAUAGCUGUGAAGCAUGGUGCCGCUGGUAUCCUGGUGUCUAACCACGGUGGCCGGCAGCUGGAUGGGGUACCAGCUACCAUCGACGUCUUGGCUGAGAUAGUCGACGCCGUACGUGGCUCCAAUGUUGAGGUGUAUCUUGACGGCGGAGUACGUAAGGGCACCGAUGUCCUCAAGGCCCUUGCUCUGGGAGCACGAGCCGUCUUCGUCGGCCGACCUGCACUCUGGGGGCUCGCCUAUGACGCUGAAAAAGGAGUUCAAAAGGUUCUUGAGAUCCUGAAAGACGAAUUCAGCCGGGCGAUGGCCUUAUGUGGUUGUUCAUCAGUAGCGGAUAUCACAUCCGAUUAUAUCACAACACCGCCAUACGGCAAGGUGUAGAACUACACUUUGAGCCUGUACCUACUGGAAUGGGAACGGCAAAGACCAGGACUUUUUUUGGCGUCAAAGUUCCUGCGCUCCAUGGCAACACUGACAGGGUCCCUCUUACGCCUCAGGUGGUCCUGAGGACAAACAGAGCCUCCUUUCG